UCGGUCCGAGCUGGAGGGAGUCCCAGUGUGGAGUCGACGCCACACCGAUGAAGUUCAGGACGCAACACUAAGUGGAUGUUUUGAGGCAAAUACUUCCGCGAUUGGAAACGUUUAUACGGGCGAGGACAAAGUAUGGACUUUGACUUCACGUCGAAGAUCAUCAAUUUUUUGGCACUCACGUAUUUUGCACGAGCGCGUCGUUACGCAUGAGAGAAUCAUACCUUCCAAGUUGCUGCAAAUCUCGCCACACCAGGGAUGUAGAUGAGACCAGAAACUCCAACAGGUCCUUCAGGAGGCUCUAAAUAAGUUUGAGCUCCUCUGCAUUUGACUGGCAGGUCCUUCAGGAGGCUCUAAGAUGCCAGUUGUGACCCUGUCUGGCUGAGCAGCCUCGCCACCUUCUGCUGUCCAGUGCUGUGGCGCCCUCUGCUGUGUGACCGAGGAAGGCCAGAAGGGGCAGGCAGUAUGUGGAACACACUGGAGGAAGGGAUGAACCCUGUCAUCGUCAACCACUACAACCACUCAGGGAAGUGGGAACGGCCUCGCAGCAACGGGGCCUGUAAGAUGGCCGUGCUGCUCUUCAUCUGCGUGCUGAUUGUUCUGGAGAACGUUACGGUCCUGCUCGCUCUCUGCAGGAACAAGCGCUUCCACAGCCGUAUGUACUUCCUCAUUGGAAACCUGGCGCUGUCAGACCUGCUGGCUGGUGUGGCCUACGUGGUCAACAUCUUUACCUCAGGAAAGAACACCUUCUUCCUGACACCAGUGCAGUGGCUGGCCAGAGAAGGGAGCAUGUUUGUGGCCCUCAGUGCAUCCACGUUCAGCCUCCUGGCCAUUGGGAUCGAGAGGCACAUGACUAUGGUGCGUUUGCGUCCGUGUGAGACAGCAGGUCGGGGGAGACUUCUAGGACUGCUGGCAGCCUGCUGGCUUGUGUCAGUGCUGCUCAGUGCCCUGCCCAGCCUGGGCUGGAACUGCCUGGACAAUAUGGCCUCCUGCUCCACAGUGCUGCCGCUCUACGCUAAGAGUUAUGUGGCCUUCUGCAUCAGUGUGUUCAGCGCCCUGUUGGUGGCCAUUAUCAUCCUCUACAUCAGGAUCUACCGCCUGGUGACCUCUAGCGGCCGCAGGGUGAGCAGCCGGCCUUCAGAGCGCUCACUGGCUCUAUUGCGGACAGUGGUUAUUGUUCUUGGAGUGUUUGUCAUGUGCUGGACCCCCCUCUUCCUCCUGCUGCUGCUGGAUGUUGGUUGCAGCCCAGAUAAGUGCCCUGUGCUCUACCAGGUGGACUGGUUUAUAGCCCUGGCUGUGCUUAAUUCUGCCCUCAACCCUCUGAUAUACACUCUGUCCAGCAGGGAGAUGAGGGCGGCUUUCUUCAGGCUGCUGUGCUGCUGUCAGACCAGCAUGGACAACACUGGGACUCCUGUGGUGGGCAACCCCCACCUGGGCACAGUCAUCCCCACAGCGGAGAACAGCAAAACCAGUGGAGGAGUGGGCAGUGGGGCUGGCAAGUCCACACUGAACAGAGGGAAGGUUCCCACACCUAUCAACUCUGACAAGCAUGGAGAUCCCUCAGCCACUGCUGUGCCCCAUCCCUCUGGACCUGCAGACCUGCUCUCAGCUGUGCUGGUGAAGGCGGGGGCGCUGCCACCCCUCGGCAAGUUCUGAAUGGAAGCACCUUAAAGAGGCCUUACAGUGGCACAGAAGUAAACAUAGAACUGAACAGUCUCGCUAUCGGCCACUUUUUGUUUAUGCACUGUAGAUAGGAUGCAGUAAUGUUGGAACCACAUAAAUGCAGAUUGAAGUACAAUCAGAGUCAUUUAAAGCCACUAUUUACAACAACUCAAUAUUAUUACAACACCAGAGUAAAUUAUAUGUUGUGUUUGUCUUACACAAUGAUUUAUGUUCAAUGUUUCACAUUUCAAAACUAUGAAAUACAAUAGGACAGUUUCACGGACAUGGAUUAAACCGAGGCCCAAAUUAAAUCUCUUGUCUUAAUUCAUGUCUGGGAAACUAGACUUGGUAAUGCUUAAAAAACAACAGAGUAUAAUUAACUUUAUUAAUUUUGUGUCUGUCGAGGUGUUUAUUUUACUGUGUCAUUACAAGCAGAAAAGAUCAGAUUAGGGCACUUCUAUUGCAUGUGCUAUAUGCAAGUACUCUUAAAACACCUGCAAUUUCCAUCACAACUUUGCUUGGUAAACUAUUUAUUUUCUGUGAAAACAUUUGCCAUCUUAAUACUAUUGGUAUACUUGUUUGGUAUACUUUGUGUGCAUACAAAACCAUCAUGGUACUAGGACUUAAUUAUUAAUUUUGUUAUGAUUUGAGAUGCACUGUGAGAGAAAACCAGACCAAGUAUUUGUGAGGCUAGCGGCCUCAUGAGGCUGUGAUGCUCAAUACACACCAGAAAACAAAAGUGUGGGAAUCAUUAAAAAUAGAGGGACAGAAUUGCUACAGAAUUGCUAUUAUUAAAUUUGUGCCACUAGUGGGCAAGAGUGAAAAAAUGUGCCCUGACAGUGGUUUUACAGUAAAAGCAAUGUAAAAUGUAUAAUCUAAUUAGUAGGGUUCAACUUCUGUGCGGUGGCCAUUUUUGGCCAUUUCUGGUUCAGCUCUACAUUACCAGACCUGUCUCAUCUUUCAUUGGUCUAUUCCGUCAGUAUCAGCUGAAUUAGCGUGGAUAAUAACUACACUCAUUUUUGCUUCUCAUCAGCCCAUCUAGAAACCACUCACACAUCAACUAACCACUAGUGAAUAUGAGUGUUGGAUGUGAAUUAUUUAAUGGUGGUAGACUGUAAAUGACAUUUCUGUCUAGGGUGAUGUAGUGCCUGAUACCAUUAUAUAGCAAAUAAAAUAAAAUUCUAUUCACCUUCA